AUGUAUGACCAUGUGAAAGGCAUCUUGCAACUGAGCAUGCCUACUCCUGUACAUGAAGUUUUCAUUGAGCGCCUCAGUGAACUUUUACAGGGGCAACUGUCAGGCCUUAUCAGACGGUCAGAUGGGAAGUUCAAGUUGAGUUCUAAUACAUCCAAGUUCCUCUGGCAAGGUCAAAUCACCACUGUACCCGACUUAGCCCUCAAGUUCCAAAGCCUCAACCCUAGCACUGAGUGGCAGGACUUGUUCAUUGUCGAGGUCUCCCACUCCCAAUCGCUUGGGGAUGUCACCCAGAAG